CAGGCUCGUGGAGCUGCAGUCCGAGGUGGAGCUGAUGAAGGCCUCGGCCAGCCAGCAGCAGGGGCUCGUCGUCCAGCAGGCCAGCGAGGUCGCGCAGCUGCGCGCCACGGCUCAGGCGCACGCCACGGAGCUGGAGGACAUGCGCACGCACCGCAGCGCCUCCCGGGACUGGGCUCAGCUGGCACAGGCCUCCGGGGAGAAGGCCGACCGGGCCAACGAGAGCAUCCGGGAGCUCGUCGACCGCCUCCGCUCAGAGCACCAGGCCGAGGCCGCGCGCCUCCGCGACGCGGCGGAGGAGGGCCGGGCGCUGCUGGACAGCCGGGCCGCCGAGCUGCAGGGCUUCAUCCGCUCCGUCGACCGGGAGCAGGCCCAGGGCCUGGAGAAGGCCCGCGCGUGGCAGGCGGAGGCGGACUCGAGGAUGAGCCGCCUGGCCGAGGAGCUGGGGCACGCGGCCUCGGAGUGGCGCACGGACCUGCAGGCCUGCCGCAGAGCCCUCGAGGGGCAGCUCGCCGUGGGCCUCCGGGAGACCCGCGAGGAGCACCGGAGCGCCCACGGCGCCGCGCUGGCCGAGGUGGCGGAGGUGGACCGCCGCGGCGCCGCGUGCGCGGCCGAGCUGCACCGCCUCCACGUCGCCGCGGAGAAGAGGACGGGUCUGGCCAGGAUCGGCGUAGAAUCCUCCCGGGAGGAGCGGCUGGGCGACCUCGACGAGCUGGCGAAGGCCACCGCCAGGCUCGACCGCGCCUUGCCGCUCGAGUUGGAGAAAUCGGCGGGGGAGCUCCGCCGCUUACAGGCGGAGGCGUCCGCGGCGCUGUCGGGGGAGAUCCGGAGCCUGGAGACCUCGUUCUUUGGCCGCUGCCAGUCCCUGGAGCAGCAGCUGUCGCGGGGCGUCGAGCUCGCCCAGCGCGCGGACGGCCUCGACGCCUGCGGCGACGAGCUCCGCAGGGGCCUCGCGAGCGCGAGCAGGGAGGCCGCGGACAGGGCUCGGGCGGACCAGGAGGCCGCCGCGGCGCAGCUGGAGGAGACGGCCUCGUGCGUGCACCAGCGCCUGGACGACCUCGCGGCCGUCAUGGAGGAGUCCCGCCAGCAGGCGCAGGACGACGCCGCCCGGGCCCUGGCGGAGGCUGAGGCGCGCCUGGAGCGGCGCUGCGCCGAGGCCGAGGAGCUGGGCCGCGUGCUGCGCGGCGACCUGGAGGCGAGCCAGAGCGACAGCAAGGCUGCCGUGGCCGACGCCAAGGCCGAGCUGAGCCGCAGGAGACGGCUUCUCAAGGGUCCGGCGGCAGCCCGGCUUGGCGGGCCCGCUUGCCCCACGACCCGCCUCCCCCCCGUGGGAUAA